UACAACUUCUCAGCAAACAAAAGAUCUGGAAAUCUUGGCGACUCACUCAGCCCGUAAGCUCUUGUCUGGGCGGUCCACUCUUUGCCAAGUUCAUAGCGGUCCCGCUAAGAGCCAAGAUCCUCGGUUUUCUGCGCUCCACAUUGGCGCCAUUCGACCUGAAUGCACCCUUUACAAAUACGACGCUCGCUGAGGAGGAAUUUGUAGCUUAGGACUACACAAGCAUACCUAAGCUUCGGGAUACUGUUCGAAACGCGCGCGACAAGAAGUUCUCCAAAGGACUUGGCGAGUCCAAAGCAAGGUGCCAUUCCCCGGCACAAGCCGACAAAUUCGAGACAUCGAAGCCUUCGGAGGCUUGACCUUGACUCAGAAUGGCCUGGGAGCAUCUGUCGAUCAACAAGCCCCAUUUGGUGUAUAUCAUCUUAGGGGGCUUCACAUCUCUGUUUAUGUUAUGUUCGUCUUUUAUCAAAGAGAGACUAUACAUAGGCGAGGCGACUGUCGCCACCCUCUGCGGCAUCAUCUUUGGCCCGCAUGCCGCCAACCUCAUUGACCCCAGCACAUGGGGAAAUGUCGAUCAAAUAACCCUCGAAUUCUCACGAAUCGUCCUCGUGGUCCAAUGUUUCGCCAUCGGCGUCGAAUUGCCGAAAUACUACAUGGAGAAGCAUUGGAGGUCCGUCACCUUCCUCCUCAUACCCGUUAUGACCUUUGGAUGGCUCAUUACGAGUCUUUUCAUUUGGUGGAUGGUUCCUACGCUGAACUGGCUCGAGAGUUUGGUCGUGGCCUCCUGUGUCACUGCCACAGAUCCCGUCCUGGCCUCUUCGGUCGUUGGUAAGGGAAAGUUUGCCAAGCGCGUACCUAAGCAUUUGCGUGAUCUUCUGUCCGCUGAAUCUGGAUGUAACGAUGGCAUGGCCUUCCCUUUCGUCUACCUAGGGCUUUACAUCAUCCAUUACCAGUCCCAGCCCUCGCAAGUUGCGUUCCAUUGGAUCGUUAUCUCGGUCCUGUACGAAUGUGUUUUCGGCGCGAUAUACGGCUUUAUCAUCGGAUACAUUGGUAGACGAGGAAUCCGAUGGGCCGAGAAGCACGACUUAGUUGAUAGAGAGUCCUUCCUAGUGUUUUAUUUUGUCCUGGCACUCUUCUGUGCUGGAUCGGGUAGCAUGUUAGGCGUGGACGACCUGCUUGUUGGCUUCGCUGCCGGUGUAGGCUUCUCUAACGAUGGAUGGUUUACACAGAAAACAGAAGAGUCCCAUGUGUCCAACGUCAUUGAUUUGCUUCUCAAUUUGGCGUAUUUUGUCUAUUUUGGCACUAUCAUUCCUUGGGAUCAGUUCAACUCUCCCGAGCUUGGAACUGCCGCGUGGAAACUGGUUAUUAUUGCGUUGUUUGUCGUUUUCUUCCGGCGCAUACCGAUUAUGUUAGCACUCAAACCAUUUAUACCCGACAUAAAAAGUUGGCGAGAAGCGCUGUUUGCGGGUCACUUUGGCCCUAUUGGAGUUGGAGCUAUUUUCAUUGCCAUUCUCGCGCGAGCAGAUUUGGAGACGGGUUCUACGACGCCUUUGGCAGUGCUCCCAGCAGAGGGCACACCACAUUAUCAUCUCAUCGCCUUGAUAUGGCCGAUCGUGACGUUCCUCGUUAUCACCUCUAUUAUCAUCCACGGAUCCUCAAUUGCUGUUUUCACUCUCGGAAAACACAUCAAUACGUUAACGCUGACGAUGUCAUACACGACUGCCAAUGAAGAAGGACCGUCUUGGAUGAAUAGAUUGCCCCGAAUUUCAUCACAGUCCAAGUCAAUGUCCAAAAUGUCGGAUACUGAUCUCGAAGAUAUCAAGAUGGAAGAUCUCCCACCGGGGGCGCUUCCACCUGUUGGUGUUCCAGGAGCUUUCCUUAGACGUCAAAAGGAAGAAGAUACGGGCAAAUCAAAUGUUCGAAGUUCAUCUAUCAUGCCUAGGCGAAGGAAGAAGUCCAAAUGGGACGGAUACGGACCAGGAGGCCCUGUCAGCCAGUCUGCUAUCGCGCCACAGCCUCGCAACCAAAGCCAAAACACAUCUGCAACCUUGACGCCAGAGUCUACAAGCCAUGAAGGCGAAGGAGAAGGCGAGGAGAGGGGCGAAAGAGAAAUUGGAAAGGUUCAGCACGAUGAGGAAAUGGAAGAGAUUAUGCACCAUGGCGAGGAGGAGGAACGCCCAGAACAGCACAGGUCCCAUCCCCACACAUAUGAAGCUUAUCAAGAGGGCGAUCACAUUAUAAUCGAAAAUGAAGAUGGCGACGUUCUCUCGGUCGAACAAUCUCCUCCGGAAGAGGGUAAGGAAGAGAAGCUCGGCGAAUUCGAGGAGAAAGCAAAGGAAACCGUUGAGCAUCCCGGGACUGGCUACAAGCAGUUCAGGAAGAAGAUUGGCGAGUGGAGGCAUCGUGAUGAAGGCGAAGAGCAGAAGUCCAAGCAGAAAUCCAAACGCGGCCCGGCACUGGCUUACCAGUUCGGUAACACUAUUAUUGUUGAAGAUGAAGAUGGCGAAGUCGUCAAGAAGUAUGAUCUUCCGUCUCAUAGAGACAAUAAAAAGGGUGAAGCAGGCGCCGCGAAACCAAAAGCUCCUCGUAAGGACAAGGCAGGGGAAGAGGCAGGCGCCCAAGAGGGCGAGAGCUCCGAGGCUCAACAGACUGGACAAAGCAAACUGAUCCAAGGUCUCAACAAGUGGAGUGGCUUCAAUGCAAUCAAGGAUACCCAAAUCUUCGACUCUUUCAAGGAAAACAAGGAUGACUACAAGGACGACGAGCACAUCCGAUUUACCAUCGGCAGCGCCGGCCGCCGUCUCACCAAGGAAGACUUCCUCAACGAGAUCCGCUCCCUAGACCCUAAGGGUCGCGCAGCUGUGCUCGAUAGGUCUGAUGCACCGCCCGCAAUGAAGGAUCUCGCGCGCAGAGACGCAGAUGCCAGCAUCCCCGGCUCAAACCGCCUCUUCAGCGCAAAGAACGUGCAAUCCGGCGCUUCCGCAGCCGCAGCCAAAGUUGUCGGCGCCGCGAUGUCAGGCGCCCAUGCUCCGAAACUCGAGGAGCUGGACGGAGCGGCAAGCAGCAGCAGCCGUAGCAGCGAGGACGCCGAGGAGCACCGCGCAGUGGCUAUGAAACAAAGAGCGCUGUUCGCGCACGCACAAGAUUCCGAGGACCGCGGGGCAGGCUUGCCGGGUAGGACGGGUGUCAUCGCGUCAGCGGGCUCUCCUUCGGGUGAAGUCCCGGAAUCAGCAGCUGAGCGAAGGCGCCGCGAGCAAGCCCUCAAGGGGGUAGAUUAUGACGAUGUUCCCGCCCGAAAGUUCCCCGUGGCUACCCCCGCCGAUAAGCGCAGAGAGUCUGCUACGAUGGCGAGGAGAAAUUUGGUCGCCGGAGCGACGAGGGAUGAUUCCGAGACACCUGCGGAGUGGAGGCGUCGUAUUGCAGCGCUAGGACACAGCGAGGAGCAAGAGGGCGAUGAGGAUGAGGCGUACCCGACGGUGCCGACGCUGCAGAGCCAGUCGACUAUGAGCGGGAGGAGUCGCGGGAUCCGCUUUGCGGAGGACCCGGUGAGAGGACGCAAGUGAGUGAGUGGUUACGACGUACACAUACCAACAUAGAUUUGAAAUUUUCGGGUAAAAAACCUUGGGUUUUUUUGUUACGAUUUUCUUGGGGGAUCUAAGGAUCUAAGGAAUUCGGGCGGUUUGCUUCUUUUUUGGGCUGGGCUAGGCUUUUAUUCGGGGAAUUUUGGGAGAGCCCCAGAAUGGAUGCUGGCUUGUUAAUAGAUUUGUGGUUUUUUAAACGGGUUCUCAUCGACGGAACUGCAGUUGCAGAGGUAAUGAGUGCUUGUAUGGGAAUGUGGGGGUUAUGACUAUAUGGGAGCGGCUCUUUGGUGGGUGGGGUGGGUUUUCGGGAUUCUUGGAACUGGUUUGGGGGGACUACGGACUACCUCUGACAGUUGUGGCAAGAUGGGCGAGAAAGAAUCUCGAUGGGCUGAGGGGGGGGCUAAUAGUUAAUGUCUUUCUACUGAAUCAUAAGGAACAGAUACCAAUUUCAAAGGAUUACCUC